AUGACUGAAAAACUUGAUUCUUCUUCGUCCACCCCGGUGGACGGUUGUCGGAGAAAUAUGGAGCAAUACGGGAGCGAUGGAGAUGAUGAACGGACAAGUGGACAGAGUGGAGGCGAAGCAGGUGAUGUGGAGUCUUCUACAGACAAGAAUGAUGUUCAAACUAGUGAAAAUGGCGCACUUGCCACAACAACCACUCAAUCGGUCUCUGACUGGAAACCUUUGCCCAUUCGCAAGAAACACCGCCGCGGGUCGAGGCGAAAUAAUAACAAACCUGGUAAGAGAUAUGUACCCUAUUCAAAACUUUCCUGGGAAGAGAAAAAACAGAGAGACGAGAGAGACACCAAGAGAGCAUUUAAAUUUCGAGAACAGUAUAUUAACGCUAAAGGGCGUCCGACUGCUCCUUACAAUACCACACAGUACUUAAUGGCUGAACACGAUCUUGAAGAACCAGAUUUAGGAACACACGCUCAUAUGCAGUCCGAUGGCGAGGAGGGAACUCCUUUGCGGAAAAGGGCUCUGUCUAACUCGUGUGACGAUUCAGAUUUCGACGACGAUUACAACGAAUCGCCCGAAGACGGAAUGUACGAACAGAAGUUCUUUGAGAAAGAUUUUACGGAGGCAUACGAGCAAGUUCAUAUUGAAAACUUGCAUUCAAUGAGCAAAAGCGAACUUGUGCGUGAAUUUAUGCUUCUAGAAGAACGCAUAGAAACCAUGGAAAUUAAACUUAAAGAAGCGGGUGGUAUGGGAAGCGCAAUUGCGAGACACACUUCGACGGAAGAACUUUCAGGGGCUUUAAACGGCGAUCACAGUUUGGACGCGGGUACGGAAGACUCUAAACCCAGAGACAAUAUAUUGCUGGCUGAAUUGAAUAGAUUGCGCCAGGAAAAUGAGCGCUUGCAGACAGAAAACGAAGAAAUGAGGAGAAUUUACGGUAACUCUACCGAGGCUAAAGUGUUGUGA